AUGAAGAUUAGCACAUCUGCAGCCGCUAGCAGUUGCAGUUACCUCAAACUAUCUGGUCACAUAAUUGUACGGAAGUAACGUUACUAGCGAUCCAAACAAACAACAAGAUGGCAUCACACCCGGGAGGAGGCGAUCAAGGAAAUACUAAAGAUCAGAUACUGGAAGUAGGAGCUGCUUUGUUAAAAGAUUUCAUCUACGAGCGGGUUAGGCAGCAUGGAGACAGCAAUACUGCAGUGACCAGGGCACAGCUGGGUGGAGGAGAGCUGUGUGACCCACACCACAAGAAGCUUGCCCAGUGCCUGCAGCAGAUUGGAGAUGAGCUGGAUGGCAAUGUAGAGCUCCAAAGGAUGAUGAACAACUCUUCACUCAGUCCCACAAAAGACGUGUUUAUGAAAGUUGCCAUUGAGAUCUUUUCAGAUGGAAAAUUCAACUGGGGCAGGGUGGUUGCUCUGUUCUACUUUGCCUGUCGACUCGUCAUCAAAGCUCUUGUGACCCAAGUUCCUGAUAUCAUCAGAACAAUCAUCAGCUGGACCAUGGACUACCUCCGAGAAAAUGUGAUCAACUGGAUCAGGGAGCAAGGCGGCUGGGAGGAUAUUCGUUCCUACUUUGGCACACCCACAUGGCAGACGGUGGGGGUUUUCUUGGCUGGUGUCCUCACCACUGUUGUAGUCAUUCGCAAGAUGUGAGGGGUUCGUGAAGAGCAGACAGGUGAAAGGUGGGAGGAACUACGUCUGAGGGAAAUGGGGACAGGAACAAGAAUAUGAAAGAACAACUGAAAGAGAACAGAAGGAAGUCAUGGCAGAGUGAACGAGUUGUACAGGAAGACCAGGUAUUCGGACAGGAAGAGCCACUCUUCGUUUCUGCCUCCCUUUCAUUUCCAAGGAUUGGGGGUUAGACAGAACUCACUGUUGCAUCCAUGAUCCCUACGCCACUGAGGAAGUGAGCUGUGCAAGAUUACAUGCACAAAAUGGGGGGUGGGAAGUUUGUCAGACUUGAACAGGGAAUGCAUUUUAAGUAAUUUAUUUUUUACUCAGUACAGAUUAAAAAAAAGUCACUGCAUUCUGUUUUCUGCCCUAAAAGAUAUAUGGACUGAACAUUUUUGAUGAUGUUUAGAGAUUCCUUUCUGUAUUAUUUUCAUUGUAGUUUUAUUUUUGUUCCAUUUUUGUUCCACUCAGAUUGAUUUUCUGAUCUUCCCACUCUCCAUCCAUCUCAUGGUGUCUGUAUGCUAGCGAAUCCAUCUUCAAUACGUAUUUGUGAGCAUUUACUGGUGUUAAUCUGUAAUGAUCUAAUGGCAAUGAACGUGUUGGAGGGUGUUCACAUCCUAUAAAGUAAAAAGAGAUAUUUUUUGCAAACACUUAUUAGAUUUACCAAGAAGAUGAUAUAGAUGAAGAGAAAUUACACCUCCAAAAAUAUUUGGACUUGAACAACCCCAAAUAACUCCUCCCCUUGAAUGCACAGCUAAACCUUACUUAAGUAGAUAAUAAAAGUGCCACAAUAGCUGGACAAAGUUAUGUUUACAUUCAACAUGAAUCAUCACAUAGUUAAAAGGUCACAUGAUCUCAGCAGAAUGAAAGUAAACUGAAUCUAAAUUCGUAUCUUGUGUAACAUUUAAUAAUAUGCUGCCUUUCUGCAUUUUGACCAGCAUUGUGACCUUAAAGUGGCUCCCACUUCAAAAAAAAAAAAAUGUUGUCGGUGUUAUGAAUUGAGCCACAUGCCGUGAACUGAUGUUUUCUGUGGUCUAUGGAUGAUGUCGCACUUCAGACACAGAAAGCACUGGAUUGCUCACAGAUGCUUACCUCACUUCACACAUAUUCAUAGUACUGUAUUUUUACGUGAGUAAUUCAAACUGCAAUCUUAUCUACACAGAAAAUGGCUUUUUAUACAUUUUUCUUGUUCGUCAGUGCCUUGGUGUUUUUUUUACUAAGAAAUCACUUUGAUAUACUCCAAUUUUCACCUUUUUUCUAUCAAUAUUUGUAAAACUGAAAUUAGUUUCCAGUCUAGAGUCUGAAAAUCUUUUUGCAGUGACAUUGUAUGUUGUAAUAUGGAAAAUAAAUCUUUUAACUCUUA